UGCUGCAGCCUGUACAUGCAGAUGCAGCGGUAUAACUUUUACCUUCCACCGCAUGUCCUUAUUCGAGGAUAAAACUCAAUUUUCUUAUAUUUGUGAAUCAAACAGCCGCAACCGUGCCACGACGAGGACCAACCCCCAGCGGUGCUGUCAUGUGGCAGGAGGCCCGCAAACAUGAGCGCAAAUUGCGCGGGAUGAUGGUGGAUUACAAGCGGCGUGGCGAGCGACGGCGGGAAUACUAUGAGAAAAUUAAAAAGGACCCAGCUCAGUUCCUGCAGGUUCAUGGCCGUGCCUAUAAAAUCCACCUUGAUCCAGCUGUAGCUUUGGCUGCUGAGAGUCCAGCCAACAUGAUGCCCUGGCAGGGGGACACCAACAAUAUGAUUGACAGGUUUGAUGUGAGGGCACACUUGGACUAUAUUCCCCCGUACACGCCCACUCUAGGAAACAUCACUACUUCUGAGCAUGAAAAUGAGGAGAGGAAGUGUAAUUAUGAGCGUUACCGAGGCCUGGUGCAAAACGACUUUGCCAACAUUUCAGAGGAGCAGUGUUUGUACCAGAUAUAUGUGGACGAGCUCUAUGGUGGCCUGCAGAAACCAAAUGAGGAUGAAAAAAAAAAGCUUGCUGAAAAGAAGGCUCAGAUUGGGUACACAUAUGAGGACAGUACAGCACCAGAACCAGACACGCAGUCAGAGAAAGGAGACGAGGACAACUCUGAGAACAGCGAGUCUGAGGAGGAUGAGGUCAUCCCUGAUAUUGAUGUCGAGGUGGACGUGGAUGAACUGAACUCAGAGCAGGUCACGGAGAUAAACAAGAUGGCCACCACUUACGGCAUGGCGGAUGGUGACUUUGUCUGGAUGUUGAGAAAGGACAAGGAGGAAGUGGAGGCUAUAAAACAUGCCAAAGCGCUGGAGGCCGAGAAGGCUAUGUACUCGGGUCGGCGUUCCCGUAGACAGAGGAGAGAGUUUAGAGAGAAGUAUAUGAAGGGCAGACAGAUCAGCCCACCCAGUUAUGCCAGAAGAGACAGCCCUACGUAUGACCCAUACAAACGGUCUCAAUCAGAAUCAAGUUCAGAGUCCCACUCCCGCUCACGGUCCCCAGGCAAUGACAAGAUCACCUUCAUCACCAGCUUUGGGGGCAGUGACGAAGAGGGUGCUGCAGCAACACAAGACCCGCCUGCUAACCAGUCAAGUCAUGCUUCCUCGAACCCUGCAGGUCGUAGCAGGGGCUCCCGCAGGAGACGUUCCUCAUCCAGCCACUCGUCCUCACGUUCCUCCUCUCGUCGCUCGUCCCGUUCAUCCUCGCGGUCCCGGCGUAACCGACGUGGCCGUGGAGGCCGGGACAGAGACGGCCGCCGCUCCAGAUCUCGCUCACACUCCCGUCGUCGUUCACGGUCACGAUCUCGACAGAGGGGAAGAGGAAGCAGCAGCUCCAGGAGGCGUUACGAGAGCACGCGCUCACGCUCUACAGACAGAAACAGAGGGAGACACUACUCAUCACGCAGGAGAACCAGGUCUCGGACACGGUCUCGCUCAGGUGACCGUGGACGCCGUGGUGGCAGGAGUUCUGGGUACAGGAGAGGAGGAGCCAGCAGCAGUCGAAGUCCGUCUCACUCACUUCAUGCGAGUCGCAGCCCCUCCCCUUCCUCUCGCUCCGCCCAGCCCGCCACCACUGCUGCAUCUGACAAACAGAGAAAGCCUGACACUCCGGCUGGUAAAGAGACAGGAGCUGGCAAAUCCAAGAUGACCCCCCAGGAGAAGUUGAAGCUGCGCAUGCAGAAGGCUCUCAACAAGCAGUCCAAGGCGGAUAAGAAGGCAGCGCAGGUGAAAAUCCAGCAGCAGGAGCACAAACGACAGGAGCGAGAGGGAGUGCUGAGAGCUAUGGCACGCAAAAUCCGCUUGAAGGAGCGAGAGCGGCGGGAGAAAGAGCGGGAUGAGUGGGAAAGGCAGUAUGGACGUCAGAGUCACUCACCUUCCCCUGAUUCUAAAUACAGUCGUGAUUACAGCUCAUAUAAAAGGAGGUCCCGUUCCAGAUCACGCAGUCCAUACUCACGAUAUUGAACACAGAACCCAUCACUAUAUGAGACUUAAGGAAGAGGAAUGUAAAAAUGGAAAUGAGAUAAGUUGAGUAGAGAUGAUGGGGACAGCUUGUAGGUAAUGUGGCUCCCUAUGUCUCCUAAAUAAAUGCCAGACUGAUCUGUGGUACAAACUGAAUGUCUAUUCCAUGAAAAAAUAUGAGAUAAAUUAAAUGCAGUCCCUCCUGGUUCAUCCUUUCUGCAUUCACCUAUUACACUAAUAAGAAUAGUCUUAACAUUUCUCUCCAGUGCAAAUGAAAAAGAUGUUUAGCACCAACAGCGAACUGUAUAUCGGGUCAUAUCAUUUGUGAGAAUUCAUGAAGUACAAAAUGUUCAAUGUUCAAGCCAAAAUGUUCUCACAUACACUGUAAAUAUCUGCCAUCAAUAAUGUGUUUUACCCACUUUAGACUGCAACACAUCCACAAAGACACUCAAAUAAAGUGCUUAAAAGAUUA